AGAAGAAGAAGACGUCAGUAUUGUCAUGUAACUGCAGAGACGUCAGAACAUAUUUGGUAACUGUUAGCUAAUCAUAUGACCAUGGUUACUCUAAAGAUAUGAAUAUCUUCUGACAUUAUUUGAUCUUGGUCGCGAUGCGCGUCCCCUGUUUCUUGUCCACCGCUGCCCGGAGCUUCAGCCUGCCGUGCCCCGCCGCCGGACUGCUCUGCUGCCGGCUGCUGGGCCCCAACUCGGUCACAAGAAACAUGUCCUCCACAAGGCAAAUGGACCAUCUAGAGAGAACAGCGAGCAACUACAGACAAAAUGCUCUGUAUCCAGCUCAUGUAUGUGGCAUCAUAAACGAGUCGGAGACCGUGAAACGUUUGAGAAUAGCUGUCCACCCAGACUUCAGCUUCAAAGCAGGACAGUGGGUGGAUUACUUCAUCCCCGGCGUGGAGAAGGUGGGAGGUUUCUCCAUGUGCUCCUGCCCGGGUUUGCUGCAGAGGGAGGGCGUCGUUGAACUGGCCGUCAAAUACACCAAACACCCCCCAGCACACUGGAUCCACAGGGUGUGUACAGUGGGCUCCCAGGUGGCCAUGCGCGUCGGCGGGGACUUCUUCUUCGACCCGUCGCCCUCUGAUCCCUCCGUGGACUUGCUGCUGGUGGCCGGCGGCGUCGGGAUCAACCCCUUGUACUCAAUCCUGUUGCACACCACAGAACUGCUGCAUCGGAACCAAGCCUCUGGUGGGCGGGACUACAACAUAGGCUCUGCACACCUCUGCUACAGCGCCAAGAACACCCAGGAGCUGCUAUUCAAGAGCUCCAUCAUCGCGGCGUGUCAGGAGUUCCCCGACAAGCUCUCCUGUGACCUCCACAUCACGCAACAAAGCACAGAUGUCGACUCGCACCUUCAGCCAUUUAUCAACCGUGGGAGAAUCACAGAGGAAGAGUUGCGAGCUCAUGUGGACCUGCAGAGGACUUUGUGUUUCCUGUGUGGGCCCCCGCCCAUGAUCGAAGCACUUUCAAAGACCCUCAUGGACUUCGGCCUCCCGAAAGACAGAAUCCUCUUUGAGAAGUGGUGGUAGAACCGAGUCCUGCAGGGUUGUCCUCCUGGAUUCUGCUGCUUUUUUUUUGCAGUCUUCGUGUGUGUGUGUGUGUGUGUGUGUGUGUGUGUGUGUGUGUGUGUGUGUGUGUGUGUGUGUGUGUGUGUGUGUGUGUGUGUGUGUGUGUGUGUGUGUGUGUGUGUGUGUGUGUGUGUGUGUGUGUGUGUGUGUGUGUGUGUGUGUGUGUGUGUGUGUGUGUGUGUGUGUGGAAUGGAAACAUUAUGAGUGCUUGAGGACAUUUACCCUGCGAUCUCUGCUACCUCACCCUGUGCCUGAUCCGCGAUAGACCGCCGGGACCACCCACUCUUCAACUAGCGGCUGACUCACAAAGACGAUAGAGAUGAGUUUUAUUUCUUAUGAUCUAAAAAGGAGGAUUGACUAGCAGACUGUAAAGCUUUAGCAAGACAUUUUUCGGCUCACUGCUUUGCUGAAUAUUUCAACAAAUCUCAACUCUGUGUGUGACAGACACAUCGUGACUCAGCUGUUACACUUCUUCAUAUCGCAUCUUAUUUCCAGCCUAUAAUUGCGUGACUGACGUUUAGUCUUACACCCAGAUAUGAACCUAAAGGCACUCAUUUACCUCUGCAAGCUUGUACUGAAGCAAUCAUUUGACAUUAGGAAAUACAUAAUUGCCAUGAGUUGUACAAUCUCAGAACCCAACGGCCAUUGGUCUGACGAGCCUCUGGGGGCCAAUUUACACAAACCAGAACGCUUCCCAUAAUACAGUUGCAUUAAUAUGCAGAUAUCUGUUUAUGGAGAUUGAGUUAGAUGAGCUCGCUCAAUAUGAAGCUACAGUCAGCUAGUUAGCUUAGCAUAAAGACUGCAAACGGCUAGCACAUAACCCCAAACGGAGCUUUAUGCUAAGCUAACCAGCUCUAGCUUCAUAUUGAGCGGGCAGAUAGGUGUACUGAUCUUCCCAUCUAACGCUCGGCAAGGAAUUCCCACAAUGUCAAACUAUUGCUUUAAAGUCCCUUCGGACAUAGAGGAUCACUGCAGUGACUCAUUUACCUCCUAUAAAAACACAUUUUGAUGUGUUCCUAGAAGUGUUAUACUACGUGUAUAUAUAUAACUCUAUUUAUUUGCGGAACUGAAUAUUUUAGUUGUUUGGCGGAUGACUUUGACUGAGCUACGUUGGAGCGAUUUUGUUUUUCCACAUUUUGUUGGUACGCAGACUUCACCCCGAGUGUUUUUAGAGUCAAAACCCCAACAAUGUCCCUGCGUGUUUUACUCACACUGUUACAUGCAUACACUUUUACUCAAUCACGCACAUCCACAUACCCAUAAAGGAUUCUUUAGCGGGGUGGAGUAAGUAUCCCAUGGUGCAUUGUAAUGGAACCCCCAGGUGGUCUCUGAUUGGCUCGGAUCACUGAACAUCUCUUGGAGAUGUCUGCGAGCGUCUUGUCGUCGUCUCUGUGGGGGUUUCGCUGCCGAGACUCAUUUUUCAGUUUGUUUUUUUUUGCUUUUCUUCCUCAAAUGAGGAAAACAGUUUAUGCUGGUAAUAUGAGUCAGAAGAAAUAAAAGGAAAUUGAGUCAA